CCAGAGGAGAGCGCGGCCAGGGCCUCUCCGUCGCGUCUUUACCGUGGAUGGGGAUAAAGCGUGCGCUGCCCGGCAGGAAUCGCGGGGCGGUGGAGGGUGCGUCGCGCAAAAGAGAGAGCAGCCAGAUCCGCGGCCGGAGCGCGGAGGGAGGAGCGCCGGGAGGAAGAGGCCGAGCCGGGAGAGCCCCCGCCCCGGGAGGAAGGGGAGGAGGCCGGGUGUUUCCUGGCGCAUUCCCGGCCCGCCCGAGUGACUCACUCAGCCAGGAAACUCCCAGGGCCCGCCGGGGACCCCCGAGCUGCCGCCGCCGUCGCCGCCGCCGCCGACCCAGGCCAAGAUGGCGGCCCAGGUGACACUGGAGGAUGCACUAUCCAAUGUGGACCUCCUGGAAGAGCUGCCUCUGCCUGACCAGCAGCCCUGCAUUGAGCCCCCACCAUCCUCACUGCUCUACCAGCCAAAUUUCAACACUAACUUUGAAGACAGAAAUGCAUUUGUUACGGGUAUUGCAAGAUAUAUUGAACAAGCGACUGUCCAUUCUAGCAUGAAUGAAAUGCUGGAGGAGGGCCAAGAGUACGCGGUCAUGCUGUACACCUGGAGGAGCUGCUCUCGGGCCAUCCCACAGGUGAAAUGUAACGAGCAGCCUAAUAGAGUGGAAAUUUAUGAGAAAACCGUAGAGGUCCUGGAGCCUGAGGUCACAAAACUGAUGAAUUUUAUGUACUUCCAGAGAAAUGCCAUUGAGCGAUUCUGUGGGGAGGUGAGGCGCCUGUGCCACGCGGAGAGAAGGAAGGACUUCGUGUCUGAAGCCUACUUGAUCACGCUGGGCAAGUUCAUUAACAUGUUUGCUGUGCUGGAUGAGCUUAAGAACAUGAAGUGCAGUGUGAAGAAUGACCACUCGGCAUAUAAAAGGGCUGCUCAGUUUUUACGGAAAAUGGCGGACCCACAGUCCAUCCAGGAAUCACAGAAUCUGUCCAUGUUCCUGGCCAACCACAACAAAAUCACACAGUCUUUGCAGCAGCAGCUUGAAGUGAUUUCUGGCUAUGAAGAGCUCCUUGCUGAUAUCGUGAAUCUGUGUGUGGAUUACUACGAGAAUAGGAUGUACCUGACACCCAGUGAGAAACACAUGCUUCUCAAAGUCAUGGGGUUUGGUCUAUACUUGAUGGAUGGGAGUGUCAGCAACAUCUAUAAACUUGAUGCCAAGAAAAGAAUAAACUUAUCCAAAAUUGAUAAGUACUUCAAGCAGCUCCAGGUGGUUCCACUGUUCGGGGACAUGCAAAUAGAACUUGCAAGAUACAUCAAGACCAGCGCCCACUAUGAGGAAAAUAAAUCUCGAUGGACGUGCACGUCAUCCAGCAGCAGCCCGCAGUAUAACAUCUGUGAGCAGAUGAUCCAGAUCCGGGAGGACCAUAUGCGCUUCAUUUCAGAGUUGGCGCGUUACAGCAACAGUGAGGUUGUCACGGGGUCGGGCCGCCAGGAGGCUCAGAAGACAGACACUGAGUACCGGAAGCUGUUUGACCUGGCCCUUCAGGGCCUGCAGCUGCUGUCCCAGUGGAGUGCUCACGUGAUGGAAGUGUAUUCAUGGAAACUCGUGCACCCAACGGACAAGUACUCCAACAAGGACUGCCCCGACAAUGCUGAGGAGUAUGAGCGAGCCACCCGCUACAACUACACCAGCGAGGAGAAGUUCGCCCUGGUGGAGGUGAUUGCCAUGAUCAAAGGUCUGCAGGUACUGAUGGGCAGGAUGGAGAGUGUUUUCAACCAUGCCAUCCGGCACACCGUCUAUGCUGCUCUGCAGGACUUUUCCCAGGUCACCCUCCGGGAACCACUCAGGCAGGCCAUCAAGAAGAAGAAGAACGUCAUCCAGAGUGUCCUGCAGGCCAUCAGGAAGACCGUGUGCGACUGGGAGACUGGGCAUGAGCCCUUCAACGACCCAGCCUUGCGGGGCGAGAAGGACCCCAAGAGCGGCUUUGACAUCAAAGUACCCCGGCGUGCUGUAGGACCCUCCAGCACUCAGCUCUACCUGGUGCGCACCAUGGCGGAGUCCUUGAGCUCUGCCGAGCUGCUGAGGCAGCUCAAGUCUUUGGGCAUGGAAAGACUCUUGCAUGUGGUAAACGCGUUUCUGAGGCAGUCGUACACCUAUCCGCCUCUUUUAACCUUUGGUGAAACACUCCAGCAGUGCUGUGACCUUUCACAGUUGUGGUUCCGAGAGUUCUUUCUGGAACUGACAAUGGGCAGGAGGAUACAGUUCCCCAUUGAGAUGUCCAUGCCCUGGAUCCUCACGGACCACAUCCUGGAGACGAAGGAGGCAUCAAUGAUGGAGUAUGUUCUCUACUCCCUGGACCUGUACAAUGACAGCGCACACUAUGCCCUCACCAGGUUCAACAAGCAGUUUCUCUACGACGAAAUUGAGGCAGAGGUGAAUUUGUGCUUUGACCAAUUUGUUUAUAAGCUGGCAGACCAGAUAUUUGCAUAUUAUAAAGUUAUGGCAGGAAGUUUGCUUCUUGAUAAACGUUUACGAUCAGAAUGCAAGAAUCAGGGGGCAACGAUCCAUCUCCCGCCGUCUAACCGCUAUGAGACACUGCUUAAACAGAGGCACGUGCAGCUCCUAGGCAGAUCCAUAGACCUUAAUCGCCUGAUUACUCAGCGUGUCUCAGCAGCCAUGUAUAAGUCUCUGGAACUGGCUAUUGGACGAUUUGAAAGUGAAGACCUGACAUCAAUAGUUGAGUUGGAUGGUCUUUUGGAAAUCAACCGCAUGACCCACAAGCUGCUAAGCAGGUACCUGACACUGGACAGCUUUGAUGCCAUGUUCCGGGAGGCCAACCACAAUGUGUCAGCGCCCUACGGGAGAAUCACCCUCCACGUCUUCUGGGAACUCAACUAUGACUUCCUGCCCAACUACUGCUACAAUGGCUCCACCAACCGAUUUGUUCGGACAGUAUUACCAUUUUCUCAAGAAUUUCAAAGAGAUAAACAGCCUAAUGCCCAACCCCAGUAUUUGCAUGGAUCAAAGGCUCUGAACUUGGCAUACUCUAGCAUUUAUGGCAGCUACCGGAACUUCGUGGGGCCUCCUCACUUCCAGGUCAUCUGCCGGCUGCUUGGCUACCAGGGCAUUGCAGUGGUCAUGGAGGAGCUGCUGAAGGUCGUGAAGAGCCUGCUGCAAGGCACGAUCCUGCAGUACGUGAAGACGCUGAUGGAGGUGAUGCCCAAGAUCUGUCGCCUGCCCCGGCACGAGUACGGCUCUCCUGGCAUCCUAGAGUUCUUCCACCACCAGCUGAAGGACAUUGUCGAGUACGCGGAGCUGAAGACCGUGUGCUUCCAGAACCUGCGGGAAGUAGGCAAUGCUGUCCUCUUCUGCCUGCUCAUUGAGCAAAGCCUGUCUUUAGAAGAAGUGUGUGACCUGUUGCAUGCAGCCCCAUUUCAGAACAUCUUGCCGAGAGUCCACGUGAAAGAGGGAGAGAGACUUGAUGCCAAAAUGAAAAGACUGGAAUCAAAAUAUGCCCCACUGCAUCUUGUCCCUCUGAUUGAAAGACUGGGGACCCCUCAGCAAAUUGCAAUAGCGAGAGAAGGGGACUUGCUGACCAAGGAGCGUCUCUGCUGUGGCCUGUCUAUGUUUGAAGUCAUCCUGACUCGGAUCCGGACCUUUCUGGAUGACCCUAUCUGGCGUGGGCCUCUGCCCAGCAAUGGAGUCAUGCAUGUGGAUGAGUGUGUUGAGUUUCACAGACUGUGGAGUGCCAUGCAGUUUGUCUACUGUAUUCCUGUGGGAACACACGAGUUUACAGUCGAGCAGUGCUUUGGCGACGGGCUCCACUGGGCUGGCUGCAUGAUCAUUGUACUUCUUGGGCAACAGCGGCGCUUUGCUGUCCUGGAUUUCUGCUACCAUCUGCUUAAAGUCCAGAAACAUGAUGGCAAAGAUGAGAUUAUAAAAAACGUGCCGUUGAAGAAGAUGGUGGAGAGAAUUCGCAAGUUCCAGAUUCUAAAUGAUGAGAUCAUCACUAUCUUGGACAAGUACUUGAAGUCUGGUGAUGGAGAAAGCACCCCUGUGGAGCAUGUUCGCUGCUUCCAGCCACCUAUCCACCAGUCCCUGGCCAGCAGCUGA